AUGCCAACGCCUCAUCUAAAUCAUUCUCACUCUGACUGUCUCUCUUUCUAUCUAUCUCGGUCUGUUCACUAUCUAUCUAUCUAUCUAUCUAUCUAUCUAUCUAUCUAUCUAUCUAUCUAUUGUCCAUUCAUUAUCUGUCUAUCUAUCAAUCUAUUGUCCAUUCAUUAUCUGUCUAUCUAUCAAUCUAUUGUCCAUUCAUUAUCUAUCUAUCUAGCUAUCUAUCUAUCUAUCACAGUCUAUUCAUUAUCUAUCUAUCUAUCUAUCUAUCUAUCUAUCUAUCUAUCUAUCUAUUGUCCAUUCAUUAUCUGUCUAUCUAUCAAUCUAUUGACCAUUCAUUAUCUGUCUAUCUAUCAAUCUAUUGUCCAUUCAUUAUCUAUCUAUCUAGCUAUCUAUCACAUCUAUUCAUUAUCUAUCUAUCUAUCUAUCUAUCUGUUUGUCCGUCUAACUCUUGUCUAUUCAUUAGCUAUCUAUCUAUCUUCUAUUCAUUAUCUAUCUAUAUAUCUACAUUUUUGUUUGAUUGUCUCUCUUUCUAUCUAUCUAGCUAUCUAUCUAUCUAUCUAUCUAUUAUAUCUAUCUAUCUAUCUAUCUAUCUAUCUAUCUAUCUAUCUAUCUCUUGUCUAUUCAUUAUCUAUCUAUCUAUCUAUCUAUCUAUCUAUCUAUCUAUCUAUCUAUCUAUCUUCUCUUCAUUAUCUAUCUAUAUAUCUAAAUUUUUGUUUGAUUGUCUCUCUUUCUAUCUAUCUUGGUCUGUUCAUCUAUCUAUCUAUCUAUCUAUCUAUCUAUCUAUCUAUAUAUAUAUAUAUAUAUAUAUAUAUAUAUAUGUCAGUCUCUUCAUUAUCUAUCUAUAUAUCUAAAUUUUGUUUGAUUGCCUCUCUUUCUAUCUAUCUUGGUCUGUUCAUCUAUCUAUCUAUCUAUCUAUCUAUCUAUCUAUCUAUCUUCUUUAGGAGGGCAGAGAUUACGACAUUCUUAACCUAUAUCCAUUCCAAUGCUAUCACAUCCAACCAAUAG